AUGCCUCCGCAGAGUCGUGUUGCUCGUACGCGCCUCGCCGGCACCGAGAACGACGAGAACAGUGGUACGACGCGUCUUACACGGGCGCAGGCCGCCGCUCUCAAAGUCGAUGAGCUAGCCAAUGCCUCCAAGGGCACUCUCCAAACGAAAAAGUCCACAAUUAACGGUGCUGGCACCACCAACACACGGAAACGCGCCGCAUUAGGCGAUGUCAGCAAUGUUGGAAAGGCAGAUGGUGUUGCUGGAAAGAAGGCCAAGGCGGGGUUGGUCUCCAAGGCUGCUCAGCCUACCGGUAUUGAGAAGAAGACCUCGCGAUCCACUCGAACUGCUCUCAACCCCAAGCCUACCAACGGCAAGACGGAGCGAUCUGGUCAUGGUACUAUCAAGGCUGCUGCGAAGCCCAAGGCCCCCGCCUCCCACGCCACAAAGCCCAAGGCUCCCGUCGACGAGAACAAGCAGCCUUCAGUUCCCGAGCGUGAGAGAUCAGAGACUCCCCAAGAGCCUGAGGUCGUUAAGGCCGAGCCUGUUGCUCAGGCUGAGCCCGAAGUCAAGGAUGGGCCUGUGUACCCUCCUGGCGUCAAGGACUUGGACAGUGAGGAUCUUGAGGACCCUCUGAUGGUUGCCGAAUAUGCCAACGAAAUUUUCGAGUACUUGAGAGACCUCGAGGUCAAGUCCAUCCCCAACCCUGACUACAUGGACCACCAGGACGACCUCGAAUGGAAGACGCGUGGUAUCUUGGUCGACUGGCUCGUCGAAGUCCACACCCGCUUCCACCUUCUUCCCGAAACUCUCUUCCUGGCUGUCAACAUCAUCGACCGCUUCCUGUCUGCCAAGGUUGUCCAGCUUGACCGCCUUCAGCUUGUUGGUAUCACGGCCAUGUUCAUUGCCUCCAAGUACGAGGAGGUUCUUUCCCCCCAUGUCGAGAACUUUAAGCGCAUCGCGGACGAUGGUUUUAGCGAGGCUGAGAUUCUGAGCGCCGAGCGAUUUGUUCUGAGCACUCUCAACUAUGACCUCAGCUACCCCAACCCUAUGAACUUCCUGCGACGAGUCUCGAAGGCGGACAACUAUGACAUCCAAUCUCGCACCAUCGGCAAGUACCUCAUGGAGAUCAGCCUUCUGGACCACCGAUUCAUGCGUUACCGACCAAGCCAUGUUGCCGCCGGUGCUAUGUACCUGGCGCGACUGCUCCUUGACCGUGGUGAAUGGGACGAGACCCUUUCAUACUACGCUGGCUACACGGAGGACGAGAUUGAGCCUGUCGUCAACCUCAUGGUUGACUACCUUGCUCGUCCCGUCGUCCACGAAGCAUUCUUUAAAAAGUAUGCUAGCAAGAAGUUCUUGAAGUCGUCCAUCCUCUCUCGCCAAUGGGCCAAGAAGAACGCUGUUCUCUUCGGCAUCGACGACAUUGAGCUGACCCUUGAUCAAAUAUCAUGA